AUGAACCUUAUGGUUUGGAGUCUCUUUCAGCACCAGCCGCGCUUCAUGGAGUCCGACAGCAACAGUUUCCAGCCCUGGAGAGACUACAUGGGACUGUCGAACACAAUCAGAGAGAUCCUGGCACGGAACACCGCCACUGAGUCCUCACUGCCAGCCCUCUCGCGCUCGGAAUCUGAUGAUCUGUGCAAGACUUCGGUAUCUGUGCGCAAUAAUGCAGUUAUCCAAAGUGGCUGUGGGGAAAACUGUGCGCCAGGUGAAUUUGCACCGCCAGGUGAAUUUGCACCGCCAGGUUCCGUUACUCAACAGCACCUGGCUCAUGGUUUGUGGCACGCACCAGACUCCGUUCGUGAUGAUACGCCCGAUGCGGUGGAUUUUAAACCAGUGUCAAAACCUCCGGGAUCCCGGGGGCCAAAAGACCGCAAGAAGACGUCUAAGACGACUCGUUUCAAAACACCUGAGCCGCCAGCGACACCUCCAUCCCCUGAGCGCAUGUUCUGCAGCUUCUGCAGGCACAACGGGGAGUCUGAGCUGGUUUACGGAUCUCACUGGCUGAAGAACCAGGCAGGAGAGGUUUUGUGUCCAUAUCUGCGGCAGUACGUGUGUCCCCUCUGCGGAGCCACGGGGGCCAAAGCUCACACCAAGCGCUUCUGUCCGAGGGUGGACAGCGCGUACAGCUCCGUGUACGCCAAGUCCAGACGCUGA